GUCCGUGGCCUCCGGCGCCUCUUCGUCGCCGACGCCGCCGCGCUGCCGGGGCCGCCGGGCGGCCACACCGCGGCGGCCGCCCUGCUGGUGGCACAGCGCGCGGUGCGUACGGCGCGGCGCCUGGCCGCGCGCGACGAUGCGGCUGACGAGGGCGAUGGCGAGAAGGACGAGGAGGACGAUUCGGCGGAGGCGAUGGAGACGCCCCACAUGCCGUUGCCGGACGGGUGGUCCAUGCCGACGGUGGCCUUGGGCACUGGGACGAUGCCUAAGGAGCGCGUGGCUGAUGCCGUGGCGACCUUCGUGGCGCUGGGCGGUCGACACAUUGACACCGCUGCGAUGUAUGAGAACUAUCUGGAGAUUCGACAAGGCCUUGACCGUGCGGCAGAGACGGAGAGGCGACGGACGGAUGUCUUCAUCACCUCAAAGGUCAUGCCACUGGGUGCCCAG